UCGCCCGGGGCGGGCAUCACCGGCGGCUACGAUGGCAAUGACGACACGCUCCGCUACUUCAUCGUCUUCUUUUGCGCCCUCGCCAUGUACAACGCGUGCGAGCUCGUGAUCAUGGUGUUCCUGUCGUUCACGCAUUUCCACGGACUCUACUUCUGGUCACUGCUGGUCUCCGGCGUGGCCAUCAUCCCCUACUCGCUGGGCUUCCUGCUCAAGUUCAUGAACAUCACGACGGGAAGCGCGCAGUGGCUGGCCGUCGUCUUGCUGACCGUGGGCUGGUAUCCGAUGAUUACCGGUCAAGCAGUCGUGCUCUGGUCUCGACUCCACCUCAUUGUCACCGGCAAGAAAGGCGAGCGCAUCCUGUUCUGGACCAAGUGCAUGAUUGUCAUCGAUGCCGUCUGCCUGCACAUUCCGACGACGGUCCUCACCUUCGGCGCAAAUGGCUCCGUCCAUACCCAUGUCUUCGAGACCGGCUAUAACAUCAUGGAGAAAAUUCAGAUGAUCGGCUUUUUCUUGCAAGAGGUCACCCUCUCCUCCAUCUACAUCGUCGAGACCGUCACCCUCCUCCGCACCUCGCUGCAGCCGGGAACCCGCAAGACGAUGAAACAACUCAUUUUCAUCAACGUCGUCAUCAUUCUCAUGGAUCUUGCCUUGCUGGGGCUCGAAUGCGCUUCCUUGUACAUCCUGGAGACACUGCUGAAGGGCGUCAUCUAUUCCAUCAAGCUCAAACUCGAAUUCGCCAUCCUUUCCAAGCUGGUCAAGUUCGUGGGCAGCUCUUCGGCCCAACCGGCACCCCAGCAAGACAUGCGCAAGGCUUCAAUC